CUCCGCCUCCAAGUCUCAGUGCGCUCCGCCUCGCCAGUCGCCACCACCGCCCCCACGCCGCCGCCUCCCGCCGUCCCGCGCGGUGCCCCCUGCUGCUCCUACUCCCACCUCGCCGAGCCGCGCCGCCGCGAUGCAGGCCCGCGUCUUCGUCUUCCCCGUCAAGGGCCGCGCCUGGUGUUUCGCCCUCCCGCGCGCCUCGGCCGCAGCGUCCGCUGCCGAUGGCGCCCUCCCGCCGCCGCCACCGACUCUGAGGGACCUCUGGCGCGGCAUCUCCUCCGGGGGCCGCACGGCGCCGGAGAAGGCCGAGGCUGUCGUCGACUUCGUCGCUGACAAGAUGAACAGAGCGUGGAUCGGGUUCGGGAGCGCGCCGGAAGGGUCGAUGAAGAGCCGGAUCCAUAGCUUCGGGCUGAAGCUGCUCUCCCGGGUGAGGCCGUCGGAGGUGCUCCUAAAGUCCGUCACCAAGGACGUGAGCGCGCUCGAGAUCGUGCAUCCGGCGAGCAUAAAUUCUCGUCUUGUGCGUCGACGGUUGCGGCAUAUUGCUGUUAGGGGUGCAUCAGUUCACAAGAAAUUUCUGUAUGGCUCAGUUUGUUUGCUUCCAGUUACUAGUGUUUUCACGGUACUACCGUUACCAAACAUACCAUUCUUUUGGGUGCUAUUUCGUGCUUAUUCUCAUUGGAGAGCUCUACAGGGAAGUGAGAGGCUCCAGUUACUAGUUUCUGACUGCUCAGAUCAGUGGAAAGUCCUUGAGAAGGAGAAGAGUAAUUCAGUAAAGGAUGAUAACCCCAGUGAAAAUGGACGGUAUUCUCCUUGGAAGCUGCGGCCAUCAGAAAAGCUUGACAGGUUUCUUGAGAGUAAAAACUUGGAUGAAGGUUUGGACUGUGAAACCAUUUUGAGUAUAUGCCAGGAGUAUGAUUUGGACAAGAUUGAUGUCCUCAAGUACAGGGAUCUUCCGUAACCACAUCCAGAUUGUUUCUCUGAGGUUUAUAGGGUAAAAUUCUUCUGCUAGUGAGAUCAAGAUUAAGGGUACAAGAGUUGCAUGGACCCACUAACAAUUGGUGGUCAAAUGAGUUCUUUUAAAUUGCUUCAGUUUUUCUUGUUACGUAUCGAACCAGUCCGCCACUGCAAUGAUCUCAGAAACUAAGAGGACAUACGAAACUGUUGAAGCCCAGGGCAGGUGUUCCCACCGUGUAAAUAGAGAUGCAGUUGUCAUUUUGCUAGGUGCCUACCUUUUCCUCUCCAACCCCCAUCAGAAUUUUUAGCUGGGAUCAAUGAACGAGAAAUAGACUAGGGUUGAGAAUUGAGAUUGACCAUCCGUACGUUUUUUUGGGGGUUAUGGCUCUCAAUCUAUCCUUUGGUUGUAUUUGAUCUUGUAUUGGGAUACAAUACAUAAUCUUCUCGUUUUAAAGGGAUUAUAAAGCUUUGAUCUCUGAGGUGCCUUUUCUGCACAAA